GAAGGAGGAGGGCAUUAAGGAAGAAGGCAGGGAGUAUCAAUGACAUCAACCAGCAGUAUCUGAGGCCGCUCGACCGGCAAUGCUCUCCCGACAAAAAGGGCUGAGGAGCAGCCCGUGACCCGCUGCGUUUUCGAGAGCUCUGUCGACAGCCAGCACGGUGAGGGGAGAAACACCGGCGAUGUGUGCAUGCAUCCCCCACAAAGGCAGACCUUUCUGUGACUGGAGCUCCGCUGCCGCCGGAUUACAUUCAUCCUUGCUGUUUCCGAGGAAGCUUCCAGCUGCAAAUCCACCCACAUGAAUCUACCAGACAGUAAAGAAGACGGAGCACUUCCUACCCAGCAGAGUGCCUACCCUUGUUGAGUGAAGCCCGUAUCUACGUCAUCUCCAACCAACCUACGGUGGAGCCAUGCCUCUGUCCAGGACAGGUGGAGCUCUAGCCCGAUGCAGGAGGCCUAUCCUGGGGCUCCGCUCUAGCCCCUCUCCCCUGGGUCUGCUGCUGCCUUUCAUUAUCCUGCUAACCGGCCCUUUGAGCAGUGUGUGUGGAGCACCAGCUUCCCCAAAGUUCACCAAGAUGCCCACAGACCAGAUCGGCGUGUCAGGGGGUGUGGCAUCAUUUGUGUGCCAGGCCAGUGGCAGUCCCAAGCCUGUUGUCUACUGGAACAAGAAGGGCAAGAAGGUCAACUCCCAGCGUAUCGAGACUGUAGAGUUUGAUGAGGGAGCCGGUGCUGUGCUGAGGAUCCAGCCUCUCAGAGCACCCCGAGACGAGAACAUCUACGAGUGUGUGGCACGCAACAGUGAAGGGGAGGUGUCUGUCACUGCAAAGCUGGCCAUUAUUAGAGAGGACCUGUUGCCAUUCGGCUUCCCCAGUAUAGACAUGGGUCCCCAGCUGAAGGUGGUGGAGCGGACGCGGACGGCCACCAUGCUGUGCGCUGCCAGCGGCAUCCCCGACCCGGAGAUCUCCUGGUUCAAAGACUUCCUGCCCGUGGACCCCUUCAGCAGCCAGGGUCGCAUCAAACAGCUCCGAUCAGGAGCGCUACAGAUCGAGAACAGCGAGGAAACGGACCAAGGGAAGUACGAGUGUGUGGCCACCAACUCUCAGGGCGUGCGCUACUCGUCCCCGGCCAACCUUUAUGUGCGAGUGCGCCGUGUGCCCCCUCGUUUCUCCAUCCUCCCCUCCAACCAUGAGAUCAUGCCAGGAGGGAGCGUCAACAUCACCUGUGUGGCCGUGGGUUCGCCCAUGCCCUACGUCAAGUGGAUGCUGGGCACCGAGGACCUGACCACGGAGGACGAGAUGCCCAUCGGACGCAACGUGCUGGAGCUCAACGGAGUCCGAGAGUCUGCAAACUACACCUGUGUGGCCAUGAGCAGCCUGGGUAUCAUCGAGGCCACCGCUCAGGUCUUAGUGAAGACUUUGCCAAAGCCUCCUGGUACCCCCAUAGUCACAGAGACCACCGCCACCAGUGUGACCAUCACCUGGGACUCUGGAAACCCAGACCCCGUCUCCUACUACAUCAUCCAGUACCGAGCCAAGGGGCCGGACAGCAAGUACGAGACGGUGGACAGCAUCACCACCACCCGCUACAGCAUCGGGGGGCUCUACCCCAACACUGAGUAUGAAAUCAGAGUGUCGGCCUUCAAUAGCAUCGGCCAGGGCCCCUCCUCUACUCGUGUGGAUGCCCGCACAGGGGAGCAGGCCCCGGCCAGCCCGCCCCGAAACGUCCAGGCACACAUUAUAUCUCAGAACACUGUGAUGGUCCGCUGGGAGGAGCCGGAGGAACCCAAUGGACAGGUGAAAGGAUAUCGUGUGUACUACACCAUGGAACCGUCCCGGCCUAUGAAUGAGUGGCAGAUCCAUAACGUCCAGGACAGCGUGAUCACCACCAUCCAGAACCUGGUGACCUCGGAGACGUACACCAUCCAGGUCCUCGCCUUCACCUCUGUAGGAGACGGACCCUUCUCAGACCCCGUCCAUGUUAAAGUUAUGCCUGGAGUCCCAGGCCAACCGGGGAAGUUUAAAGUCAAUAAGGUGGCCGACACACACAUUGAGCUGACCUGGGAACCUGCCUACACAAAGGAGGGCAUCGUCAACUAUGAACUGCUCUACAGACCUGUCAAGUUUGGCAGCUUGGAGAAGCUGACAUUCGGGCCGAGGAGUUCGUACACAGUGGAGGGUCUGAAAGCCAACACAGAGUACUCCUUCUCCCUGGCCGCCAUCUCAAACAAAGGCAUCGGAGCUUUCACCAACGAACUGGUGCAGAGGACAUUACAAGCCAAGCCCUCAGCAGCACCUGAGGGUGUGUCCUGCGAGAGUGCCAGCUCCAGCUCGCUGAGAGUUAGUUGGAGGCCGCCUCCAAUGGAGGGUCACAAUGGAGAGUUGGCAGGUUAUGAGCUGAGAUACCAGAGGGUUUCUGGGGCAGGAGGCGGAGGUCAGGGCCAGGAGGGGAAGGGGCUUCCUAUCCCCGCCCUGCAGGGGGAGACAGUGCUAGAGGGGCUGGAGAAAUGGAGCUGGUACAACAUCUCCAUGGCAGCCUUCACUGCAGAGGGGACUGGACCCAAAAGCCUCGCUGUGAUCUGCAGAACUAAUGAGGACGUUCCUGGUGCAGCCCCUCGUCAGGUGGACCUCCAGCCGCUCAACUCCACAGCGAUCAGAGCCACUUGGAGGUCUGUGUUGCCACGGUUACGGCAAGGCCAAAUCCGUGGCUACCAAGUUCAUUUCGGCCGUGCUGAGAGCGGUGAAUCACGAAACCUUCCCCGCAUUAAAGACCUCUUAUUGGACGAGUCCCAGGAGCUCAUUUUAGAAAGUCUGAAAGCAGAGACUUUCUACUCCAUCUCGGUGGCAGCGUACACCACCAAAGGGGAUGGAGCGCACAGCAAAGCAAAGCUGGUGCAGACCCUGGGGAUUGUGCCCGGCUCCCCCUCCCUUUGGGUGCAUCCAGGAUCUGGUCCGUCAGUGGUGGUGCGGUGGGCUCCUCCAGUGGAGUGCUCUGAUAGCCGGGGGGCUCCGCUGGAAAUCAGGGGUUACCGCCUGCAGUUUGGCCUAAAGAAUACUUCCUUAGACACCACAGUGAAUUUCACAAAUCGCGAGAGAAACGUCACUAUCAGAAACCUCUCCCCGGGGUCCUCCUACGUCUUUCUUCUCUCUGCUAAGAGCCGAGCAGGAUACGGAGACGUAGUGCAGCAGGAGAUAAAAGUUCCCAUGUUCCCACCCUUGGGAUACCCAAAAAUAAUUGACUUUGUUAAUGCCACUUGCUGCUCCCUCCAGUUCUCCUGGUUGCCCCUUGCCCAGGAAGAGUGCAAUGGUGACAUCACAGAGUACACCUUAUCGUACAGAGAAGCCACGGCCCCCAAACCCUCUGCCGACCCCGGCCCGUCAGCAGUACCAGCCCCUACUGCCCCCCCUUGGCUGAUCACGCUGCCAGCGAGUGAAUUCCGCUUCACCAUCCUGGGCCUCAAUCACAGCACAGCCUACGUGGUGCAGCUAAGAGCCCACAACAAGGCGGGGCCAGGCCCCUUCAGCCCACCUCUGGUGAGCCGAACCCUGGCCUUUGAAACAGAUGUGCCGAGGAAUUUUUCCGUCAAUCUGGCCACUAAGACCAGUGUUCUGCUGACCUGGGAGUUUCCAGAGAGCAGCAACCCCUAUCGCUUUACGGUGGAGUAUAACAGACAGAAGAUGGAGGUGGACGCUCGUCUGAAAAAGGCUGUCAUCCCAAACCUUCAGCCUGACACGAGCUACGACUUUAAGAUCACGGCUCCGGAGGGAAACAUGGGCGGCCUUCGCCAUCGCAUCUCCGCCAAGACUUCCCCACCAAUUACUAUCCGCCGCCCUGAAAUUGACCACACCCGUGACACCGAGACCACCGUCACCAUAAUCCUGCCGUCGCUGGAGAAUCGCUCCCCCGUCAAGAACGUGUAUGUUGUCGUGGUUCCACUGAGGAGAGCCCGCGGCGUCAUCAGACACCUCAAGAGUCCAGAUGAAAUGGACCUAGAGGAGCUGUUAAAAGACAUCAGUCAAAAGCAGAAAGAUUCUCGGCAGCAGAAGCAGGUGGACCUGCGGCGGGCUUACAUAACGGCCCGUUUCACACCUGCCACGCUGCCGGCCUUCUUCACCCUGGGGGACCAGCUGGACUACGGGGGCUUUGAGAACCGAGCUCUGGAGGCGGGGCAGGAGUACGUCUUCUUCAUCCUGGCCGAGCUCAACUCCACAACGGGGAAAAUGUACGUGGCGAGCCCCUACACAGACCCUGUGAUUGCCCCAGAUUCAGACCCCCAGCCCCUCGAUGCAGGCGACGGUCUGAUCUGGGUGGUUGGACCCGUCCUGGCUGUGGUCUUCAUCAUCUGCAUUGUCAUUGCUAUCCUCCUUUACAAAAACAAACCUGACAGCAAGCGCAAGGACUCUGAACCCGGUACCAAGAGACUUUUGGAGAACGAAGAUGGAACGAGGAUAGCCCAUCACCCGACAGACCCCGUGGAGAUGAGACGCAUCAACUUCCAGACUCCAGGAAUGAUGAGCCACCCCACCAUCCCCAUCAACGAGCUGGCCGAGCACAUUGAGGUGCUGAAAGCCAACGACAACCUGCGCCUCUCCCAGGAGUACGAGUCCAUCGACCCUAGUCAGCAGUUCACCUGGGAGCAUUCAAACCUGGAGGUCAACAAGCCCAAAAACCGCUACGCUAACGUCAUAGCGUACGACCACACCAGAGUCAUCUUGGCUCCCCUAGAAGGUAUCCUGGGGAGCGACUACAUCAACGCCAACUACAUUGAUGGCUACAGGAAACAGAAUGCCUACAUCGCUACACAGGGGCCACUGGCGGAGACGUUCGGGGACUUUUGGAGGAAGGUGUGGGAGCAGCGGGCCGCCUCUGUGGUCAUGAUGACGCGCCUCGAGGAGAAGUCACGGAUAAAGUGUGACCAGUACUGGCCGAGUCGCGGCACAGAGACGUACGGGACGAUCCAAGUCACCCUGCUGGACACAAUGGAGCUGGCCACAUUCUGUGUGCGCACCCUUUCCCUGCACAAGAGUGGCAGCAGUGAGCGGCGAGAGGUGCGUCAGUUCCAGUUUACAUCCUGGCCAGAUCACGGUGUGCCGGAGUAUCCCACCCCCUUCCUCAACUUCCUCCGCAGGGUCAAAGCCUGCAACCCUCCUGACGCCGGACCUAUUAUCGCUCACUGCAGUGCCGGCGUUGGUCGCACUGGCUGUUUUAUUGUCAUCGAUGCCAUGCUGGAGCGCAUUCGACAAGAGCGCACUGUGGACAUCUACGGUCACGUGACCCUGAUGCGCUCACAGAGGAAUUACAUGGUGCAGACGGAGGAUCAAUACAGCUUCAUCCACGAGGCCCUGCUGGAGGCCGUGGCCUGUGGGAACACUGAGGUGGCCGCUAGGAGUCUUUACUCCUACAUGCAGAAGCUGGCCAAGGUGGAGCCCGGAGAGCACAUCACCGGCAUGGAGCUGGAGUUCAAGCGGCUGGCUAACACCAAAGCCCACACAUCCCGGUUCGUCACAGCCAACCUGCCUUGCAACAAAUUCAAGAACCGACUGGUCAACAUCAUGCCCUAUGAAACCACCCGCGUCUGCCUCCAGCCAAUCAGAGGCCUGGAGGGCUCUGACUACAUCAACGCGAGCUACAUAGACGGAUACAGGCAGCAGAGAGGCUACAUUGCCACCCAGGGUCCAUUGGCUGAGACUACAGAGGAUUUCUGGAGGAUGCUGUGGGAACACAAUUCCACCAUUGUGGUCAUGCUCACCAAACUGAGAGAAAUGGGCCGGGAGAAGUGUCACCAGUACUGGCCCGCAGAGCGCUCAGCCCGGUACCAGUACUUCGUGGUGGACCCCAUGGCUGAGUACAACAUGCCUCAGUACAUCCUCCGGGAGUUCAAAGUCACGGAUGCCAGGGACGGCCAAUCACGGACAGUGCGUCAGUUCCAGUUCACCGACUGGCCAGAGCAAGGCGUGCCCAAAUCCGGAGAGGGCUUCAUCGAUUUUAUUGGCCAAGUGCACAAAACCAAGGAGCAGUUUGGCCAGGAUGGACCAAUCAGCGUUCACUGCAGUGCUGGCGUGGGGCGGACCGGUGUCUUCAUCACUCUAAGUAUCGUCCUGGAGAGGAUGCGUUACGAAGGGGCAGUGGACAUCUUCCAGACCGUCAAAAUGCUGCGCACACAGAGACCGGCCAUGGUGCAGACUGAGGAUGAGUAUCAGUUCUGCUACCAGGCUGCUCUGGAGUACCUGGGUAGCUUCGACCACUAUGCAACGUAAAUAAAGAGACAACCCCCCAUCCAUCUGUCUGCUUCGAGGUCCACCAACAAACUGACGAGUGAAACGAGAGAAAGACAGCCUGAAAUAACGUGAACAUUGAACCUUUUCCUGGGAGCAAGACUUAAAGAUGAAUUAUACACCAACAAGGACAACAAAAGAUAACAACAAAAACAGCAACAAUAAAUCUGUGUCUAACAGCACCCACACUGCUGGUGGGUGUGGAGACUAUCCAUGUGUAAUCCAUAUACUUACCUCAGUGUUCCAGUGUGAAGGACGUAUAAUACAUGUGUGUUGUGGUCAGCUAUCUCCAAUAUGAACCAGUGAAAUACAAACAGCUUCUGAACAGGAAUUAUGAUACUAUAUGUCUAUUAAAAAAAAAGGAAAAAAACACAAAGAGCCUGGAUAUUUGCUGCACCCUAUAUGGGCUUUUUAUCCUCAACUUUGUAUCUAUUGGUUUAGUGUACUAAGGGGUUACAAAGUGCAAAGGUGAACAUUUUUAUGUGUCCGUGAGUCUAUUUCAAAGGUGUCUAAGGUUGCCACAGGUAGCUCUGAUCGUAGUUUAGAGCACAUGACUCAACACCCAGAGGACUGUUGGAGAAGCAUGUGGAUGCUCAUUUACCCAAAGCACAGUGCCAAGAGAAACCAUGCAGCGUGAACGUGAACCGUGGCCUACAAGGAGAGAUGACUGCCUCUUUUAUCCAGCAUAACAUAAAGUCAGACCAGAGACCGCUCUUACAAACACUGGCCAAGGAUCAGUUCAUGCUCGUCUCCAAUGGUGUCCUCGCUGAGCAACAGCCCGGCCUCAGAACAGUGAUUAGAGCCCGUCAUAUCCUCCACUGGGCUGAGAUCUGUAGUCCAGUGCAUUCUUCGUCAAACAAAGCUUGCUUGCUAUUUGCUGUGGUCCUUGUUCAUCCUCCAGCUCAUAUCCUCUUGAAGUCAGCCCCAUUGUGUCAGCUCAGCAGUGGCUCAUUGAGAGGGAUGCUAAUGAAAGCUUCAAUCCUGCUAAAACAGUUCUCAUCCCAUUUCUGCUGACAUGAUUUUUGUGUGUUUUUACUGUACGUCUCUGCCUUACGCUGACUUAUUUCUUGUGUUCAUGCUGCUCAAUGUUCAUGCGUUGUGUGCUUAACAUUUAUUGUCAUACAGUAUCUGAAAUUGAGGAUGAAAGUUAUUUCCCAAUCAUCUUCAUCCUCUAAAGCUUACCUACUUGAAUUGCACGACUUCGCAGUUACAUCAAUCUUGUGUUUUUACUAUAUAAGGCUACUGGCAGUGAAAGAUAAUGACAGAAAUCCAAAAAAAACAUUCAGCGCUUUUUUGCUCACUUUCAACAGUCCUCUCCCCUCACCUACCUUCAUAUAAACUUCAUUCAAAUUCUCUCUGUUUCUAAAUCACAUUGUACAGAACAUCCCAACUUAACCAAAUUAUGUUUCCCCCUGUCUGCUCCAGUAGAAAUGCACAAUUCUGUGAUAUCGAUAUAUAUCUUUUCUUGAUUUGACAUAUAAUCAUAAUUGGUCCCAUGUGGUGAUUUAAGAGCACAGCGAUGUCCGGUGAAUCAGACAUUUCGGUUUCACAGAUUUUGUACAUACAGUCUAUCAUUGGAGUCCUAUAACAGUACAGUUGCAUACGUCUGAGCACAAGAUAUAACGUGGGAUUGGAUGUGAUGUAGUUCUUAUUGUCGCAAAAAAAGCCUUAUUGUUAUUGUUCACUUUGUUAUAUUUAUUUCAUAUGAUUUUUUAAGAUAUUUAUUAUUCUAUUUUGUUACUUUUUAUGUUCGUUUUUAAUCUAUUUAUUUGCGAUAUCUACCAACUAUAACCGAUAAGAUGUUGUAUACCUGUUUCUUUGGCGAGCCAAUGUUAAAGUAUGAUAUUGUCACUGUUUGUUUUUUUAUUUUCGAUGGUCAGUUUUGGUGCUUUUUUAUUUGCUUUAUUAUGAUAAAGUAUGCCCUCUGUGUAGGGUGCUAUUUGAUACUGAUUACUGAUGUCCGACUAGUUAGCUAGAGAUGUGCAUUAGAGGAGACCUAGUUUAAGUUUACAGUGAUGCCCUUUUGAUGCCCCCCCCACUCUCCACCUCCAUAGCAACAGCAGCGGUGUGAUCGAUCACCGCAACAGAGGUAUGGUCCGCCCCUCCGUGAUACGUUUAAGGGCAUCAGAGAAUUACAUAUAGAGAGCAGAUUUGUUGACUAAAACCUCGGACAAGCUGUUGGUAUUAAGAUUCCUGGAAAGCACAUAGUAGCAGGUGUAUUUUUGACAGAGAAUGGGCCAGCUACAUGCACCCUCUAAAGUUAAUGUUUAUAUCUGAAAUGAUUCUGAUAUGAAAUUAAUGUGUGGUCCAGAAGUCUUGACAGUGUGUGACAUAUAUGAAAUAUGUUAUUCCUUCGAUUUCUAAUGAUUAUUGUGUCAAGAGAAAUAUAAAGGCACUCACAUGAAACAUAAUAUGACGUGUGUUGAGGGCCAGCUCUGAUGACUCACCCCCUCACUUAUGUACCUGUUCUUUCCUUUCAAACCAUGGAUGUAGAUAUUGUAUCUUGACUUUGUAUUAAAAGCAGGAUGAUUGGAUAUAGCGCACAAUGA